AUGAUUUGGUCCACCAUCGCCGCCGGCGCUCUGUUGACGCAAAGCGCCGCUGCACAGAAUAUGCUCCGUUUUGCAUGUUCGCAACUCACCGUUGAGAGAGCUGAUCCGCUGGUGAGCCCUGGUCAACGGCCCUCACCACACACGCAUCAGAUCAUCGGAGGAAAUUCCUUCAACCUUACUAUGGAGCCCGGCGUCUUUGAUCCUCCAACUCGCUCAACCUGUACAUCCUGCACGUAUAGCGAGGACUUCAGCAACUACUGGACUGCUUCGCUGUACUUCAAAUCCCCCGAGAAUGGUACUUUCCAGCGUGUACCCCAAUUCGCAAACGUAGGGCUCCAACAGGAUGGCGGUAUGACGGUAUACUACAUGCCGUACUCUGCCAAGAACAAUAAGAUGACAGCCUUCAAGCCAGGGUUUCGCAUGAUUGCAGGCGAUCCCAUGGCCAAGAAGCCCAACAGGGCAAGCAUCUGCCACAGAUGCUUGCAAAAUGGUGAGGGCUUCGCGCCAUGUGAUGCAAAGGACACUGCGGAGCUGCCCAACAAGUAUUGUCCUGGUGGAAUUAGGGCAACUAUCAUCUUCCCUUCUUGCUGGGACGGCAAGAACCUCGACUCCCCAGAUCACAAGAGCCACGUCGCGUACUCGAACAGCGGUGGUCUGGGUACUCCAAACUGCCCUAGUACGCACCCCGUGGCUAUCCCACAAGUAAUGUACGAGAUCAUGUGGGACACCGGACGGUACAAGAACAACGCCUGGUACGGUACUGGAAAGCAGCCGUUCGUGUACAGCUUCGGUGACGGUACAGGUUACGGCCAACACGGCGACUACCUCUUUGGCUGGAAGGACGACUCGCUACAGAAGGCCAUGGAUGCUUUGCCCAGCGGCAAAUGUGCCAAUGCUAAUUGUCAAGUGCUGAAGAUCCAGUCUGCACAAGACUCAAUGAAGUGCAAGAAGCCACAGCAGGCGGUUGAGGAUGUUGGUAUGAGUGGCGACUGGCUGACGGAACUUCCUGGGGGUAUGGCAGUCACUUACUGA